GAAAAUGUCGCGACGCGUCAAGACGCGUUCCUGAUGGCAUCGAGACCCGUUUCCUAGCCAGCCAGUCCUUACUCCACUCCCCAUCUGAACUACAAGGAAGGGAAGCAGGCCACUUUCCAACUGUUCGUCCUUCUCAUCGAAUUCUUUUCUGAACAUUGAGCAAGCGGAUUCUGAAUAAUUCUCGCACGGUGUCUGUCUCUGCUGCAUCGCACUUGCCUGCCACAGCUUCUGAAAUUUGGAUUCUCCCAUUUGCCCUCCCCGCCUUUUCCGUCGCUCCUGCCCCGUCACAGACAAGAUGCCUCGUCCCGCGAAGCGCACCAGGACGGCCACUGAGGCGGCAGCUGCUCCUUCCUCCACGAUGCACGCAUUCGCCCGUGUCUCCAAGAACAACGCGCUGCACGCGCCGGCAGCCAAGAAGAUCCUCGAGUCUACCACAUCUGCGAACAAGAAACGCAAGGUCUCCUGCAUCGACAUUGACGACGAAGUCACACUCGCGCCACACCAACACACUACGACCAGCAGCGAGGGCGAUGUCGAUGUCCAGCUUCCCAAGAAGCGGGCCUGUCGACGGACGCAGGAACCCACACUCGUGAAGCCGGUCGCGCCUGUCUCUACUGCAUCUGCCGCAUCCACCACCCCGACACCGACUAAGACAGCCCCGAAAGGCAAGAAGACGGCCAGAGCGAGCACAUCACGGGCACAGACGGCGCACAACCCCUCCGAGACAACCAUCCUCGGCAAAUCAAGACAGACCAAGAGAACAAUCCAGACCAAGAUUGACGGUUUCGGCAAGAAAGCGAAAAAGGACAAUGAGUUCACGGGCGAGCUCGCUGACCUCGUCAGUCUGCACCAGGCCUUUGUCAACACAAUUUUGAUGCAAUUUGCGCACAAUGGAACCGCCUCGCCCAUUGACUUCCGCACGCUGGCACCACACGUCACCCGAGCCUGGGGCAAGCGGCAGGUCUCCAUGGAGGACAUUCGACGCUGCAUCGCUGUCCAGGCGUGUGCGCAGAACGGGCAGACCCCCCCCUUCAUCGUGUCCGACUAUGGGCGCGGCCAGGUGUGCAUCGAGCUGGCGCCCGACCAGGACACGACCACCAUCCGCCAGGACCAGCUCUGCCAGCAGUUCAAGGACAACCUGCGCCGCAUCGCUGCCGACCGGGCGGCGGACGAGAUGGCCGACGUGGACAUUCCCCUCGGCACGCUCUCCAUCGCGGAUCUGCCCCAAGCCGCCGUGGCGCAUCGCGAGACGGGCAUGACCAACCCGGCCCUCGGCAAGGGUCAGCGCGCCUUGGCAGAGCUCAAGAACGGCAUCGAAGCCCAGCGACAGCAGGAGGAGGCGACCAAGGCGACGCUGGCAUCCAUGCUUAACGCGGAUGGAUCAAAGAUGAGUCUGCUCGACCGUCUGCGGGCCAAGCAGAUCGCCAGGGAGCAGGGCCCAGCGCCUCCCUCGGCGGCCGAGCUCGAGCGACGAGCUGCGCUGAGCCGAGCGCCCGACGUGGCCACCACGCUGUCCAUGCUGAGCCUCUCCAAGCCUGCUGGGCUGCCGCGACAGGCCUUCACCAUGCAGGCCGUGCUCGACAGCCUGCGGGACUCGCUGAGGACGCCCAUCUCCAAGGACGAGGCGACUGGCGCGCUCAAAGUGAUCGCAGCCGAGGUGGCCCCCGAGUGGCUUCGCGUCGUGGCCAUUGGAGGACGCGAGAACGUGGUGCUACAGAGGCGCCAACAGCCUACGGAACGUGUGAUCCGCGAACGCGUAGCCAAGUUGCUGGGCUAGGAUACUCUUGCUUGUCGGAGAGAAGGACAUGUGGAUAUGGGGAGCCGGAUGACUUUGGAUGGAUUUGAUGUUUUGCGAGGAUACCAUGGGAGCAUGCACUGUUAGCAUUUGACGGCGUUGAGCAUGGGUUGAUAUGCUGUGCGUUCAUUUCACUUGACGACACUUGUCGGUUGGUGUAGUAUGUAGUUGACUAGGACAGUCUAAUCAUCGAUGUCUUUCGUCCAGCAUGGCCUAUCUGGUGAAGGCAAGCUUACCCCAGACAACAACAAUUCACCAAGUUCAAGUGUGCCAGGCUGAACGUUCGAUAGGAAGACCGACCGCCGAACGGGUCUCGGACUUCCACGGCGGGUGAACCAUGCACAUCGGCAUCAUUCCAACUUACCGAAAGCCCUCGAGAACACAUGAACUGCGCAGCAAUCUAAUCUCUGGCUGUACUCGGGUCUUGAGCGGGCCUUCUGAUACCAUCAUUGUCCUCUACGUCUGCGAG